AGUCAUACACUGACAACAACAGGAAAACGCACCCUUUGGUUUGGGUUUACAUGCAGUUAGUCUAUCUGACCUUCUAACUGUUCGGACGCUCUUGCUUACUGCUCCGUGCUUUGCUCUAUCGCUUUUAUAUUCUUAUACUUUAUUUCCUUUUACCACCUAGUUUUAAACUCAGCAAAUCAGCACAGUGCUCAAACGCUUGGAUUGUGCUCAAACGCUUGGAUUACUAUUUUUUUUUUUUUUAUACAACCAGUCUCCCACAGAAAGCUUACAUUCCGGGAAAAGGAACUCUUAAGGAUAAGAGAAAAUGCCUCUUCUGGAAUCGACUUGCUGUACUAACUGCCACAAACUUUUACAAAGGAUUGCAGUUCUUGAAACAAAGUUAUUUGUGGGAUCACCAAGCCAGACGGAACACACAACAGAGCUCCAUCGUGGACACCCUCAGCACACAGCCGGUGAGUCCCAUGAAUCUAAUGCUCCUCAACAGACCAUACUGAGUGUAGAGAAACAAGCCGAUCGACUUACACAUCGAUGGCAUAAACAGGGAGCGAAACCUAAAGGCAUUCGAGACAUCAGACUGUCACGAGUAUCACACAUUGCCGCAGUAGCAUCCUCUACCCCAAAUACGGCUCUGACAAGGAUUGCAAACACUGGUCUCCUAUCACCGCCUAUACAUCUUGAGAACAGAUUUGAUGUAUUAUUGAAUGAGGAAUCCCCAAACUUGAAGAAUGUGUUUGAACAUAGACUGAAUCAGCCAGUAGCUAACUCUAAAGCUAACAGGCGCUCAAGGUUGAGCAGACAGCGGCAUUCAGCUCAGAGCACAGCUGAGCCCAGGACUCUGAUAGUGGGUGACUCCAUAAUCAAAAACAUUAGUAGCAGGGAUACAACUACAUGCUGCCUUCCACAAGCAACAACUUCUGAUGUAAACAGGGAACUUCAGAACAUUCUGAUGAAACAUAAGACUGCAAAUAGACUCGUCAUUCAUGUGGGGAAAAAUGACAUUCAUAAAGAGCAGUCAGAACUCCUAAAGAAGGACUUCAAUGAACUUUUUGAAACACUUAAAAGACUGACAGUUCAAACUUUCAUCAGUGGACCACUCCCAGCAAGAGGAACAAACAGGUUGCUUGGGCUUAAUACAUGGCUGCAAAAAACCUGCAAUAUAAAAGGAGUGAACUUCAUUGACAACUUCAAUCUUUUCUGGAGUCAGAGGCAACUGUUUAAACAAAAUGGUCACCAGCCAAACAAACUGGGGUCAAGAGUGCUUAAGGACAAUAUCUACUUCUUCCUCCGUCAUCCUUCUGCCAAUCCACACAACCAGAAUGGCACAUACACAUCUGGACACACUAUGAAUGACCACAGGACUUCACUUCAGCACCUAAAUGGACAUGCGGUGAACGGAUUAUACAAGGACAAUGAUAACACCACUCAGCCACAACAACCCUUGCUCAUGGACACAAUCUCAGCUGAGCCCUGCCCACCAAGCAUCUCCUCAUCUAUGCUUCCCAGAGAAAAUGGAGAAACUGGUGUGUGCUGGAACCAUAUUAUCCCACUCUUUUGCAAGCCCCCAGAUACCGGUCAAAAAACGGCUGGCUCCACAACCACCAAAGCCGGCGGACCCAGCUCCCCCUCCUCCUGUGAGAUAUCUUCGAUCACAACGCCAGGGCCCACACCCUCUUCCUUCUGUUCGAGGUGUACCAAAAACAACUGAUACCAGCUCUCAGUGAUAUGGGUCGGGUCCCCGCUGUGACAACAGCAACUUUAUCAAAUGUUUACAGAACAAGCGGGAACCCAAUGUGCCUGUAUCUUUCUCUAUUGCUGUUCUAUUACAUGAUAGAAAGUCUAAGGCCUUCAAAAGCCGCACAGCAAACCCAUCUAAUCUAGUGCCUAUUGCACGUCAAACUAAAAUUACUGUGGGGACAAAAAGUAAGACUGUUAAGUUAGCACUUUUAAACAUCCGCUCACUUAAAAAUAAAUCACUUCUAGUCAAUGAAUUAAUAACUAGAUACAACCUGGAUUUUAUGUUUCUAAAUGAAACUUGGCUAGAAGACAACUGCAGUGCAACAAUUCUCAAUGAAGCAUCCCCUCCUAAUUUUAAUUUUAUGAGUGUCUGCAGAUCAAUGAGGAGAGGUGGGGGAGUAGCUGCUCUUUUUAAAGAUGUCUAUCAAUGUAAGCAAAUAUCAUUUGGGAACUACCAGUCUUUUGAAUAUCUGGGUAUUGUGUUAAAAGGUGCCCCUCGCAUUUUACUUAUCACUAUUUACCGACCUCCUAAAUACUCUCCAGCCUUUGCUGAGGACUUUACAGAACUGUUAUCAUUAGUUUCCUCAGAGUUUGACUGUUUUGCUAUUGCUGGAGAUUUUAACAUUCACAUAGAUAAUGCAGAAAACAAUAUGGCAAAAGAAAUCAAAACAGUUUUAAUAACUUUUGAUCUGACUCAGCAUGUACAUGGACCCACACACUAUCAUGGACACACUCUAGAUUUACUUAUCAGCAAGGUUAUAAAUAUUUCAUCAAUUAUUAUUAAGGAUGUAGCACUGUCUGAUCAUUUCUGUAUUUUCUUUGAUAUAUUGAUCUCUCCUGCCAUCGAAGUUAGAUCUGUGUCUGUCAAGAAGAGAUGCUUAAAUGAGAACACUAGUAUACUAUUUAUGAAGGCCAUAUCUUUAACACCAAGCAUAUCUGCUGACUCUGUUGAUUUUCUCCUUGAUUCUUUUAACUCAAAGGUUAAAAGUGUAAUUGAUGAUAUUGCUCCUGUGAAAGUCAGGAAGAAUGGUAGACAAAAAGCACCUUGGAGAAACUCGACAGCAGUGCAAAAUAUGAAAAGACAAUGCAGAAAAGCAGAGCGCAUGUGGCGAAAGACAAAACUUGUAGUCCAUUACAACAUCUACAAAGACACCAUCCAUGCUUUCAACAUGGAAUUAGGCAAAGCUAGACAGAUUUUUUUCUCAAAUAUUAUAAACAGAAAUCUAAAUAAUACUCGCAUUCUUUUCGCUACCGUCGAUAGACUAACAAAUCCCCCAAGCCAGAUUCCCAGUGAAAUGCUCUCAGACAGCAAGUGCAGUGAGUUUGCAUUCUUUUUCUCUGAGAAAAUCAAUAAUAUCAGAAAGGUGAUCAGCACAUCCUCGAGUAGUGCUGGGGUCAGACAGAUCCAACCACAACCUGAGAAAGUGGUUACUAUGUCUGAUUUCGAAGAAAUUGAUUGCAAAGUUUUGGAAGAAACUGUUCAACACCUUAAAACAUCAACAUGUGCCCUUGACGCACUUCCCACAUCUUUU